AUGCCUCCACUCAAGCACGCCAUGAGCUCAACUCUGCUAGAUGUUGAGGAAACACAGAUGAACAAGACAGGACAGGGUCUGUCUCUUGCAGAAGAUCUCACAAAAUGGGGGGACUGGCCGGAGCUGCGGCUGGCGGGCGACUCCGGAUGGUGCUCAGGACGCGUGGAGGUCCUGCACCGGGGGGCCUGGGGCACCGUGUGUGAUGACGUGUGGGACCUGAACGAAGGUAGGGUCGCGUGCCGACAGCUGGGGUGCAGUCGGGCUGUGUCCGCCCUCGGGGAGGCCCACUUCGGCCCGGGCUCCGGGGCCACUUUCCUGGACAAGCUGCAGUGCGCCGGGUGGAGCGCUCCCUGCUGGUCGGAGCACAACUGCGGCCACCACGAGGACGCUAGUGUCAUCUGCUCGGAUUCAGAAGACCUGCCUCCUCCCACACCUCCAGGAGGAAGUAACUCUUGUGGAGGGGUCAUUUCUAGUCUCUCCGGCUCAUUUUCCAGUCCGCUGCAUCCAGGAGACUACCCAACAGACAUCCAGUGUGUUUGGGAGAUCCACGUGGAUAAAAAAUUCCGCAUAGGGGCUUCCCUGAGCUCAACCCCAUGA